ACAGGUGCAAUAAAAUCACACUUAUACUUCUUCUGUGACAGAUUCUGAAAUACCUCAAAAUCUAUCCAUUUCUACCAUGGGAACUGGCAGAGAUGGGUCAUACGAGUUGAGUCCUACUCGAUUGCUGUUCCACCUAAUUUUGCGGCCUUAUUCCCAAAGAUCCGCCUUGAAACAAAUGCUCGUGCUAUGUUUGUCGUUGGACAAAAGGGUAAAACGCCUUUGGAGUGCGCGUAAAUAACUGCAACCGUGAAGCCCGUGGAUCAAUCAAGCCAUGCGUGCGCAGUUGUACGCAAGGCAAAUGAUAGACGCCCAAGCUUGUGUGAGAAUAAGUAUGCAACUCUUGGUUUCUCCUGGAUUUUCUGUGUUGAUCUUCAUGACACCAGACACAGUUUAUGCGUAUCAAGGCCGUCUCAGAAAACCUGCCAAAUUAUUUAUGGACUGAGUCGACCGCAUAUUUGGACAGAAGCAGACACCACGUUUUGAGUAGCCUUACGUAGUUCGCGCUUAGGAUCUCCGUGCCUCGCCCAUAAGGUACAGCCUCAUC